AUGUCUUUCUUCGAGAGAGUUAGUGGACGUGUGAUCAACGCAGAUUUAUUUGAUUUUAAUAUAAAAUAUCUUACUAUGGUUGGUUUGUGGCCACAUGAUGAUUGGGGAAAUGAUAAAAUGAGGCUCUAUAAAAUAUACGAAGUUAUUCUUCAUAUAAUGUCAAUAGCCUUCAUUACCGUGACUGGUAUUGGGACUUAUCAGCAUAAGCACGAUAUAACCAUCCUCAUGACAAAUUUGGAUAAAGCUCUCGCUGCCUACAAUUUCGUUGCAAAGAUAUUUUUUUUUGUAAUUAAGAGAAAACAACUAAACAAUCUAAUUUUUGAAAUAAGGAAUUCCGGCGACGAAGUUAGUCUCGAUAGAAGAAAUUUAAUGGUAAUUCAUGUUAUUAUGAUCACUGUGAUAUCAACGGGUUUAGUCACCACUUUUAGUAUGCUGAGUCAAUUCAAAGGGGAAAUGACAGUUGAAGCUUGGAUGCCGUUUGAUCCAUUUAAAAAUAGAAUGUCUUUGUUACUAGCUGCUCAAAUAUUAGCUGUAUAUUUUGUAGUACCUUGUUUAUACAGAGCAUUUGCAAUACAAGGCAUCGUUUGUAGUCUUGUAAUGUAUUUUUGCGAUCAAUUAAUCGAGUUGCAAGAAAGAUUAAAGGGCUUGUCUUAUUCCGAAGAAAGAGAGAGAAUUGUGAGAGACGAAUUCAAACAAAUCGUAAAGAAACACGUUCGUAUUAUGAGAUAUUCGAAUACUUUUACAAAUAUUUUCAAAGAGUUCUUUUUAAUUCAAAAUUUGGCUGUAACGAUUGAAUUGUGUUUAAAUGCGCUAAUGGUGACAGUGGUCAGUUUAGAGGAAAAAACUCUAUUGGUCAGUUUUUUAGGAUAUCUUGGAUUGGCUCUUAUAAAUGCGUACAUUUUCUGCUAUUUAGGAAACGAGUUAAUAGUUCAAAGUACAGGUAUAGCUCAAGCAGCAUACGAGUCUGGUUGGACCUCUUGGCCGGUUGACAUGCAGAAAGAUCUUCUGAUCCUUAUAAGAGCUGCGCAAAAGCCGUUAAUCCUGAGCGCCGGCGGUAUGACGAUUAUGUGUAUUCAAACAUACAGUCAGGCACUCUACAAUGCUUAUUCAAUAUUUGCUGUCCUAAAUGAUGUUGUGGAUUAA